AUGGCGGGUAUGCUGUGCAAACGGGUUCUGUCUAUUCCUAGGACAGGGAUCACCGCGUCGUGGGCUUCGGUCGCAGCACAGACUCGGUGGCAGAGCUCAACAGCUUCCUCCUCCUCGACACGAGCUGACCCCGCGCUAUCCGAGAUUCCUCCGCCUCACCCGCACAAUGCUCCCUCCUCUACCUCUCCCUCACGAGUUACAUCACUCAAAUCUGCAAAACCAUUCUCCGAUUUCCUAACCGAUACCUUCCAUCGUCAACAUGACUACCUCCGAAUUAGCGUCACCGAGCGGUGCAACCUGCGGUGUCUGUAUUGCAUGCCAGAGGAAGGGAUCGAGCUGUCGCCAACCGCUCGGCUACUUACAUCCCCGGAGAUCGUCUACCUAUCAUCGCUCUUCGUCUCACAAGGUGUGACCAAGAUCCGCCUGACGGGUGGAGAGCCGACCGUGCGCAAGGAUAUCGUGCCCUUGAUGCAGGACAUUGGCAAGCUACGGCAGCACGGUCUGCGCGAGCUAUGCUUGACCACGAACGGAAUUUCGCUACAUCGCAAGCUUGACUCUAUGGUGGAAGCCGGUCUGACCGGUGUCAAUCUCAGCCUGGACACGUUAGAUCCCUUCCAGUUCCAAAUCAUGACCAGACGUAAGGGCUUCGAUGCGGUGAUGAAGAGUAUCGACCGAAUUCUGGAAAUGAACAAGGCCGGUGCGGGCAUUAAGUUGAAGAUUAAUUGUGUGGUGAUGCGCGGGAUGAAUGACCGCGAGAUUGUUCCCUUUGUCGAAAUGGGCCGCGAGAAACCCAUCGAGGUGCGGUUCAUCGAGUACAUGCCAUUCGAUGGGAACAAGUGGAAUAAGGGCAAGAUGUUCUCAUAUCAGGAGAUGUUGGCUGUGAUCCGGGAAAAAUACCCGACCUUAGAAAAGGUACAAGAUCAUAAGAACGAUACCAGCAAGACUUAUCAAGUUCCUGGAUUCGAGGGCCGGGUGGGAUUCAUCACGAGUAUGACCCAUAAUUUCUGUGGGACUUGCAAUCGCUUGCGGAUUACCAGUGAUGGGAAUCUGAAAGUCUGUCUGUUUGGUAACUCGGAGGUUUCUCUGCGAGAUAUCAUCCGCAAAGAGAAUGACGGACAGCCCAUUGAUGAAGCUGCUGCGAAACAACUCCAGCUCAUGGAGACAGUCCAGGCCGCUGCUCGUCUGAGUGAUGAGGGUGCACUGGUCAACGAACGAGAACGCCAGAUUCUCGAUAUCAUUGGCAUGGCUGUGAAACGCAAGAAGGCCAAGCACGCCGGCAUGGGCCAGCUGGAGAAUAUGAAGAACCGGCCUAUGAUUCUCAUCGGUGGGUAG